AGAAGUAUUACGUAAAGAACUAAAGGUCAUCCAUAAAAAGAGGCAAAGAGCACAACCUCCCCCACAAAAGCCACAACUAUAGUACUAGAACUCCCAAGUUGUCACUUUCCACUUCAAUUCAUAUAAAUACUCACUCCCUUCUCACCUCAUCCAAAAACCCCCCAAUUCAAUUCUUUUGAAAAAAAAACCCCAAUUUUUUUCACUCUAAUUCAAUGGAACCACCAACACCAACACCACCCUCAUCACAACCCACUACUUCACACCCAACAGACCCUUCUCCCUCUCCUUCUCAACCACCAACUCCUUCGCAACAACCUCCGUCGCAACAACCGCCGUCUACUCCUCUUCCACCCCCACAACCGCCGCAACAGCCACAGUCACAACCGCAGCAACAACCACAAUCACAAUCACAACUGCAGCAACAACCGCAACCAAACCCUAAUCUGAACCCCACAAAUCCACACCCUUCUUACCCCCAACAACACCAACAACAACAGCAACCGGUUGCAUUUAGUAGAGCAGCAUGGUCACAACCCACAUCCCAAUAUUCACAUUUCUCUUCCCAAUUUCAGUCAUCAACUUCAUCUCCUGCUGCCCCUCCGCCGCCGCAGAGGGGUGGCAUUGCUAUUGGGGUUCCUGCUCAUGCUUCAUCUGGUCCGACUCAACCCGCCGCCUCGUUUUCUUCCGCUUUUGGUGUUCAGUAUGGUGCUGCUCUUCCUCGCAAUCCUGUCAGUCUUCCCGAUCCUUCUGUUGUCCCCUCUUCCUCCCCUUCUCCGGCAAGGCCUAUGAUGCAUGGAAUGCCGAGCAUGGGGAUGAUAGGUUCUCAGAUGCGGCCUGGUGGGGUUCCGCCUUCGGCCCUUCACCAGCAAAGACCAAUGCAGGCAGCUACUGGAAUUAGAUCCCAGACUACUUCCAAUAAUAUGCCAUCUGUGACCCAGAAUUUCCAAGGACAUGGCAUGUUGAGGGCUUCUUCUGUAACUUCACCAAAUACAGCAACGCCCAGUACAUCACAAACCCAGCAGUCUCCAUAUCAGCCAUGGUUGUCUGCUCAACAAGGGCGCCCCCCUUUGCCCUCUCAACCUUUUAGACCCCAGGUGAAUCCCCAGUCACUACAACAGAGACCUCAUAUCCCUCAGCAGCCACCUCAGCCCAUUCAAGCAAAUUCCCAACCACAGCAAUUAUUGCAAUCACAACCGCAACAGCAAUUACAUCCUUCUCAACAGCAACAGCAAUUACAUCCAUCUCAACAGCAACAUCAAUUCUUAUCAUCUCCGCAGCAGCAGCAGCAGCAGCAACAGCUACAUUUUUCAGCAUCAAAUCAGUCUCAAGAGAAUUAUGGACAACAGCUCCCAGCAUCAAGAGUGUUGCAACCUUUACCUAAUCAACAACAAAUUGUCAGGGUACAGGGAUCAGCAAAUCAGAAGCCUCCCUCCUCUGCAACGGGGCAAGUAGCCAUUGUCCAUUCUGGUCCUAUUGAGAAUGUAAGUGCUGCAGAAAUUCCUGAACCUUGUAGCACUAUACUCAGCAAGAGAAGCAUCCAGGAGCUUGUGAACCAGAUUGAUCCAUCUGAGAAAUUAGAUCCUGAUGUUGAAGAUGUUCUAGUCGAUAUUGCUGAAGAUUUUAUUGACUCGGUUACGACAUUUGGCUGCUCAUUGGCCAAACAUAGGAAGUCAAACACAUUGGAAGCAAAGGACAUAUUGCUGCAUCUAGAAAGAACUUGGAAUAUGACUCUUCCAGGGUUUACUGGAGAUGAAAUUAAGACCUACAAGAAACCAGUUGUUAAUGAUGUUCACAAAGAGCGCCUAGCACUGAUAAAGAAAUCUCUCACUGGAGCUGACAAUAAAACCUCUGCUGGACCAGCUACUGGAAAUGUUAAAGGGCAUUUGGCUAAAGCAACUCCCAACGUGGUGGGAUCAUGAGUCUCGUUUGACCCGUCUUUGCUUCAGAUGAUAUAUUGGUGACAUUCUAUUCUUGAGGCUCAAAUUAUUUGGCCUCAAGUAUUUUUGUAACUCAGGUUAUGUGACCUAACUCUGAGCUCCUGAGGGCCUUUUUUGGGGAGUAACAGCUGCUGUGUAUUUAGCUUUUGGUUUGGAACUGUUAGCUUUCCAACUAUUAGUGAAUAGCAUCUGUUCUUUAAGGGGGAAAAUUGUAAAGGGAAGGAAGGCCGAUUAGGGAAGGCAAGGAAGAGUUUUGUCACAUACCAACCACUAAUUUUAUGAGUUGUAUAGAGAGAUGAUAUUGGAUGAUCGGAAUAUGAGGUAAUGAUUAUCUUAAUUUACAGCAUUUAAAACAUUUGCAUAUAUAUACUCCUAUUUAGGAAGCAAACGGUGGGAGGCAUUGUAGAGAUGUGAAGCUUUGUGUCGCCUAUUCCAACUACUCGUACGUAAUUAACAUUGAGCAUC